CAAGUGCCUAUAACUGCUCAUCAGCAGGUCAUAAAACGAAGCUUCAAGAUUGAAGGAAAAUGUCUAGAAAUUAAGAAAUUUGCGGAGGGUUAUAAUUAACCAAUAAGCAACAAUCCAGAAUGUGAUUUAUCAAUAUGACUAUUAAAAUGUGAAAUAAAAGUGAUUUUGACUGAACUGUUUAGGAUACACACAACUUUGAUAGUCUGCUUAAAUUUUGUUGAACUUUAUCAGUUAAUUGAAACUAAUUCCCGCAAUAUUUAGCUGAAAUCAAUAAUGGAUUAUCUCGGAAUAUCUUUAGAAAACAUUUCUUUGGAAGAUGUCAUUGAUGAAGAAACCAACACAUUAGGAAUAUCCCUUGAGGAAAUGGAAACCUCUUUAAAUGCUCAGGAUUUGUCAAAGCAUAUCUUUGAGUUUGAUGAUGAAUUUAUCUUCAGCCUAAAGGAGUCCGAUGAACCAUUGGCUGUUGUUAGUCCAGAGGAACCCACACAGCCACUUCAUACAUCAACACCAAAGAAACCCAUACAUACAAGUAAAACAGGAAAAGGCAGACCAGUUCGGAGGUUAUUAAAGAGAAAGAAAACAGGGGAACUGCAACGUCUACAGCCAUGUAAGAGAUGAUGUUUUCAUAGCAAUGUAUCCCAGAGCCAGAUCAUCAGGGCUAGAGAAAAAGAAUAGACGAAGGAUUUCAACUGUAGAGUUGACUGGAUGUUGGAAAAGUUUGAAGAAUCCCCGAAUUGUUUUGGUUAUGUUACCAAACCUUUCAAGAUUUAGUUGGUAAUAUUCCCAGAAAUAUAUUUAACUCUGUCAAUAAAUGUGAGCUGGUUAAGCUCUGCGAUUAUGUUAAAGAAUCAGUAUGUAUUUGUAAUGUUAUUCCUAAUAAUUAUUAUUAUUAUUAUUAUCA